GGGGCGGGCUGCAGCAACGGGUCAGGUGCUCUGCGUGGAGCCUGCGUGCAGGUGAGGGAACUGGAUCCGACAGCGCCCCUUGCUUCUGCCACCUCUUGGUCCCAAACGCUCCAGGACAGAUCGAUUCCAGCACGGAUUACCUUAUGCUGAGCUGACCAAGGACUUGAAAAAUGAUUCCAGAGUUUCUCUUGGUGUCUUGCACACUGGCUGCUCUGUCUCAGUCAGCGCCAUUUUCUCAGCAGCCAGAGCAGCAGAAGGUUCUGGUAGUUUCUUUUGAUGGAUUCCGCUGGGAUUAUUUAUAUAAAGUUCCCACACCUCAUUUCCAUUAUAUCAUGAAAAAUGGUGUCCAUGUGAACCAGGUCACUAAUGUUUUCAUCACAAAGACCUACCCUAACCAUUACACUUUGGUCACUGGUCUCUUUGCAGAGAAUCAUGGGAUUGUUGCAAAUGACAUGUUCGAUCCUAUUCUGAACAAGUCUUUCUCCUUGGAGCACAUGAAUAUUUAUGAUUCUAAGUUUUGGGAAGAAGCCACACCAAUAUGGAUCACAAACCAGAGGGCGGGGCAUGCUAGUGGUGCGGCCAUGUGGCCCGGGACAGAUGUAAAGAUCCAUGACAGUUUCCCUACCUACUAUCUACCUUACAAUGAGUCUGUGUCCUUUGAACACAGAGUUGCUAAAAUCAUUGAGUGGUUUACAGCCAAAGACCCCAUCAAUCUCGGUUUUCUCUACUGGGAAGAACCUGAUGACACAGGGCACGAUGUAGGGCCUGACAGUCCUCUCAUGGGGCCUGUUAUUUCUGAUAUUGACCACAAGUUAGGGUAUCUUAUAAAGAUGCUGAAAAAGGCAAAGUUGUGGAAUAAUGUUAACCUCAUCAUCACGAGCGACCACGGGAUGACGCAGUGCUCUAAGGAGAGGGUGAUAGAACUUGACCGCUACCUGGACAAAGAGCACUACACCCUGAUCGACCACUCGCCUGUAGCUGCCAUCCUGCCAAAAGAAGGUAAAUUUGAUGAAGUCUAUGACGCACUGGCUGGUGCCCAUCCUAAUCUAACGGUCUACAAAAAGGAGGAGAUACCGGAAAGAUGGCAUUACAAGCGCAGUGACCGAGUUCAGCCGAUCAUCGCGGUGGCUGAUGAAGGGUGGUAUAUUUUGCAGAAUAAGUCAGAUGAAUUUCUGUUAGGCAACCAUGGUUAUGAUAACUCACUAGCAGAAAUGCAUCCAAUAUUUCUAGCCCACGGUCCUGCCUUCAGAAAGAAUUUCACAAAAGAAGCCAUGAACUCUACAGAUCUGUACUCCCUGCUCUGCUACCUCCUCAAUAUCACCGCCCUGCCACACAAUGGAUCAUUCAGGAAUGUCCAGGAUCUUCUCAGUUCACCAGCUUCAAAAGCAAUUCCUUACACACAGAGUACCACACUCCUCCUUGGUAGUGACAAGCCAGGAGAGUAUGAGCAAGAGGAGUCGUACCCUUAUUACAUUGGCAUCACUCUUGGCAGCAUCAUAGCUAUUGUAUUCUUUGUAGUUCUCAUUAAGCAUUUAAUACGCAGUCAGGUGCAUACUUUACAAUAUAUGCAGGUUGAAGUUGCUCAGCCAUUGCUCCAAGCUUAGCUCUUCCUUGCCAUGGAAUUGUGUAUUGAAGUGGAGGGUGCGAGAUUAUAUCAAUGGUGACCCUUCAGCUUCCUGAAAGCUAGUUACAGGUAUCUGCCUAGGCCAUCAAGCAGUUAACCCAUACUUGGGGCACAGUCACACGUACAUACAUGCACACCCGACCGAUUGAAACACCCCUGCCUGCAAAUGAUCAAAGACGUGUAAGGGUACCCCUCCACGGCUUUCUCUGGCUUAGUAGGUAGAUGGUGCUCUAUUCGGGGUUGGCACAUAUAAUGCACAUACUUAACAACUUUGCACUGCUGAAAGUACCUAAGAUGAUGGACUUUUACUAUCCUAAUAGGGACUUCCUCUCUGACAUGCACUUUAUAAAUGCAUCUAGUAACUUGGUUGAAAAUGACAACCUUCUGCAUCUUUCUCACCAGAUACUAGCAUUCCAUGUCCAGAGUGAAGGACGUUUCUAGCAAUUCUCAAAUAAUGUAGAACUCUGUCUCCUUAAGUGGGAGGAGGAGGAGGAAGAGGAGGAAGAGGGGGAGAGGGAAGAGAAGGAGGAAGAGGAGGAGGAGGAGGAAGAGGGGGAGGAAGUAGUGUUGAAAAGUCAGUGGGACCAAGUUUGUAACCUGCAUCUGGAUAGAUGCUUUUCCAGCAGCAGUUUGAAUUGUGAGUAUCUCUAGUUAUGUUUCCCCCCCACCAAAGACCAACAUGUUAAUUUGCUUCUUCCCUCUGAGAUUCCAGCACUGAGAGGUGCAUUCUAAAGAUCUUAUUUCUAUACAUUAGUUAUUGCUCCUUGUGGAUGAGUCUAGUCCUGAUCCCAUGACGAGGGUACCAUGCACAUAAAACUUCCUUUCUGUGUAGACUAGCUGAAAAGCGGAGGCCAGACACAAUCUCUGCGGUGUUUUGUUUUGUCUUUUUCUUUCCUGCCUGUCAUGAUUUGCUUCUUUGAAAACAACAUUAUUGAUCACAUUAAAAAAAAAAAUCAA